GGUGGCAGCGCAGUGGUGACAUUUUUGCCUCUGCCAUGUCACUGGUUGCCUGCUCGCUGCUUUCAUUUGCGACACUAUUCGCUGUCUCCAAAGCUGUCGUUACUCCUGUAGAAGAAAGCGGACCAUGCGCUAAAUUCAUAAUGGACAUUACUUCGGCAAACGGGGGCUCCUAUAAGGGUAUUGACGAGGUCAAGUUUCAGUUCGAAGCAAACAAGGAUGAAGUACUGCACAGUGUUAGAAACACCUGCAAACAACUAGGCUCAGAAGUAUCCAAGCAGAUAGUGGAGGCGUGCAACGAAGACUAUCAUAUUAAGACAAAGCCAAAACUGGCGCCGCUGGGACCUGAUAUUCUAUCGCCGGUGUAUGCGACUUGUGACGGCGUUCCUGACUGCGGACCCAUAGUCGUCCACGUUACGCAAGUCUGCGAUCAACUAACGUUGAUGUAAAUGAUAUAACCACUCUCGUACGGCCAACAUAUCACAUUGCAUAUGGACGCGGGCGAAGCACCAACGACAUGUUAGAUCUUAAAAUCUUAAUGUUUAAAUCGUGUAUUGACUAUGGCUUUAUUUACUUUGUAUAAUUAAUAAUAUAACAUAUUAAAAUAAAGAAAGUUUUUAGUAAAUUA